AUGACAAGGCCCCGAUCCAGGAAGGGCUUGAGCCAUAAGGACAAAGCUCUCUGUUUACUGGUCGGUCUACAUCCCGACCCUCACCUACGACAUGCAGUUUAUUUUUGGGUCAGUGACAGUGUGUCAAUGGCCGCAGAUGCGUCGCAAAGGAAGGCUCUGAGAUACCAACAGACCCUGCUGUAUGGAGAGUACAGAGAGCACCCAGGAGGGUCCCGUCGGCGAGAGGCUACCCGUCUGCUGACAGAGAGGCAGCUGAAGAAGCAUGGUGCCCAUCAUCAUCAUGGACACCAUCAGCACGGUCACCACGGCCGGAGCCACAGCCGCCACCGCAGCCGCCGCCACCUGGAGCUGGAGAUAGGAAGCUUUCAUGACAGAGAAAAACCUGAGGAGACCCACACAUCUUCCAUAAAGACACGACGCUCCUACUCCAAAUGCAAAGACUGUGUGACUCGAGUACAGAAGUUUCUAGUAACUAAAUUAGGAGAAGAUUGGAUCUUCUUAGUGUUCCUGGGUAUUUCCAUGGCAUUAGUCAGUUGGAGUAUGGACUAUGCCAGUGCCAAAAGCCUCCAAGCUUAUAAGUGGGUGUAUGGGGAGCUGAGUGGAAAUGUGCCUUUGCAGUACUUGGUCUGGGUCUCCUAUCCAAUGGUGCUCAUCAUGUUCGCCUCCUUCUUCUGCCACUUGAUUGCUCCUCAGGCCAUCGGUUCUGGUAUCCCUGAGCUGAAGACCAUCCUCAGAGGGGUUGUGCUGAAAGAAUAUCUCACACUUAAGGCUUUUGCUGCCAAAGUGGUUGGACUUACUGCUGGACUAGGUAGCGGAAUGCCAGUAGGCAAGGAGGGUCCUUUUGUACACAUAGCCAGUAUCUGUGCUGCUUCACUCAGCAACUUUAUGUCCUUCUUCUCUGGAGUCUAUCAGAGCCCAUACUGCUACACAGACAUCCUCACAGUCGGUUGUGCAGUGGGGGUAGGCUGCUGUUUUGGCACCCCUCUUGGAGGAGUGUUGUUCAGCAUUGAGGUUACAUCAACCUACUUUGCAGUGAGAAACUAUUGGCGGGGCUACUUUGCUGCCACAUUCAGUGCCUUUAUAUUCAGGGUGCUUUCAGUGUUUAAUAAAGAUACAGUCACCAUCACUGCUCUCUUUCGUACCAAGUUCCGCAUGGACUUCCCCUUUGACCUGCAGGAGCUGCCAGCGUUCGCCAUCAUUGGCAUUUCUUGCGGUUUUCUUGGAGCUUUCUUCGUCUACUUGAACCGGCAGGUUGUCCUGUUCAUGAGAAGACCCAAUACCCUUACACGCUUCCUUACCAAACACCGGCUGAUUUUUCCAGGAGUUGUUACUUUUUUGGUCACAACAUUGACAUUCCCUCCAGGAUUUGGACAGUUCAUGGCAGGAGAGCUAAUGCCCCGAGAAGCCAUCAAUUCUCUGUUUGAUAACUUCACCUGGACUAAGAUUUGGGGGUCCCCCACCCCACCUGGUCUGGGGCGAUCUUCUGCCUGGUUUCAUCCUGAUGUCAAUGUCUUCAUCAUACUUCUUCUCUUCUUCCUUAUGAAGUUCUGGAUGUCAGUUGUUUCGACUACAAUGCCCAUCCCUUCUGGAGCCUUCAUGCCAGUGUUUGUAAUUGGUGCAUCAUUUGGUCGUCUGGUAGGCGAGAUCAUGGCUGCUCUCUUCCCUCAUGGCAUUUUGUUUGAUGGGAUACUCUACCGCAUCAUCCCUGGAGGGUAUGCUGUCAUUGGUGCGGCAGCGUUGACAGGGGCGGUCACUCACACGGUCUCCACGGCAGUGAUAUGUUUUGAGCUGACUGGUCAGAUCUCUCACAUUCUCCCCAUGAUGGUAGCAGUUAUCCUGGCCAACAUGGUAGCCCAGGGGCUUCAGCCUUCACUGUAUGACUCAAUCAUCCAGGUCAAAAAGCUGCCCUACCUGCCUGAGUUGGGCUUCGGACAUAUCAGUCAAUAUAAUAUCUUUGUUGAAGACAUCAUGGUAAGAAAAGUGAAGUUUCUGUGCUCGCAGUCCACAUAUAGAGAACUGCUGUAUCUGCUAGACUCUACAUCCCUCAAGACAAUCCCUCUGGUGGAUUCAAAAGAAUCAAUGAUCCUGUUGGGCAGCAUUGAUCGAUCUGAGCUACUUGCACUCUGUGAUUGGUGGCUGUCAGCAGAGAGGCGGCUCCUGAUGCAAGGACAGGGUUUGCAAGGUCAAGGGCCCUGUGCCAAGGACAGCUGGGAAUCUUUUGCCUUUGUGGAUGAAGAAGGAGAGGAAAGCGCAGGUGAUAAGAGUACGCCUAUACAAGAGGAAAGAAAUGGCCCUUUACCUUCACCCAAACCUCCAGAACCAUCCACAAAUUACACCACUUCAGAUAAAGGCCCCCUUCAGUCUUUCAGGAGAACUUUGCAUAAUCUCUUUUCUUCCUCUUCAGAAAGACAGGCAGAGAGUCAGACACAGGAGCCGACUCCUCCACCCCUCACUGAUACAAUGACACCUGAAGAGAUAAAAGCAUGGGAGGAGUCAGAGAUGGAUAAGCCACUAGAGCUUGACCAGAUACGGAUAGAUCCCUCCCCUUUCCAGCUAGUGGAGAGAACGUCACUACACAAGACUCAUACUUUGUUCUCCUUACUGGGUCUCAGUCAUGCCUAUGUAACCAGCAUAGGCAAGCUGGUUGGAGUUGUGGCACUGAAGGAGCUUCAGAAAGCCAUUGAGGGCUCUACGCGAAGCGGUGUCCGCUUGCGGCCUCCUCUGGCCAGCUUUCGCGACACUAGACGCAAGUCCUCGAAGCCGUCGCAGACUACGUCAGCUCCGUCUUCCCCCAUCUCUCCCCCGGGCUCCCCUUCUCCCUCUUCUCCUAUCACAGUCCCAGCGGUUACCCCCCAAGACCCUAACCCUGUCCCCCCAGCCCCAGCCCCUGCCCCAGGUCGACAGCAACAGGAGAUGGAGGUGUGGAUUGAAGGAGUAACGCGGGAGGUGGUGGUAGAGAACACCAGCAGUUCCACCACAGGAAGCAGCAGCAGUGGGACAGGAAGUAGCAGCAGUGAGGCAAGUCCCAACAGCACCCCGCCUAUGCCCUCUUCCUCUCCUCCUUCCAUUCCUCUCUCCACCCUGCAACCUGCCCCAGAGAACUUGGGAGACAACACGGAAGAAAGCGAUGACGAGGAACCCAUUUAGGAGCUGUG